AUGUGGCGGCGUAGAUAUUGCCCAUGGAGGGUGGGCAAUAGACAUGGGUGGAUACUGGAAGUUAAUGAGCGCACGGUCCCCUCUACCAGCAAAAAUCUCGCUAAGCCGCUGAAUCAGCCAUACAAAUGUCGCCGUAGAUAUACUAUUGAUAUCUACCAACAUCUUGGAAAACGACGGUUUGGCCGUCUAGGGAAGACUACACUUCGAACUUAUAAACUAUCAGCGCUACAACAUGUACUACUCCUGUUUCUAGUUGUUUUGACGCUGCUACGCCGCCUUACUUCUCCAAAUUGGGCCCCUUGUUGCGGCGUGUUUAUCGCCCCUCUAGAGAGGCUGGUAGACAAUAUAUCUACGGAAUCAGUGAGAAUGCGUACCACUGCCAUCUUCGUCGGUAACGACUGCUGGGAGCUGAGACAAUUUUCAUUGCCAAAACACCCCGCCUCUAUAUGUAUAUCAACCAUCCGGCCCUCUCUCUCUCUCUCAUGUCCGCUACUAUUUCCGCUCAAGUCCUCCUACCUGUAUCACAUUUGUUUACAUACCUCCCCACUUGCUGCCCAUUAUGAUACGCCACCCGUGGGGGCCAUCAAAUCAACCUUUCCUUGGACACAUAUCAGGUUGUCAUGGCAUCAGGCUCGAGGUGGAAUGACUGUAAGUAUUGAAAAUAUUCUUAAAAGCAUACAGUUUACAGUGGCUCUAGACCUGAACAUGAUUAUCAUUGUAAGGCGAAUGCUAGGUGCGCCUGGAGUACUGCUGAUAAUGAGCAGCUUGUUGUCUGGUAUGCCCGACGUCCGUCGGCCCGAAGGCCGAAGGAUUAGGGCACAUAUCCGUUUUCCUCGCUUGACGCACGGCCUCACCUAG